CGCCAAAAAGUAGAAGAAACUUUCCCUCACAAUUUAGAGGAGGAUGAAGAAGGCAUUGAGAGUCCCAUGAAUUCUAAUCCUCCUACCGAAACUCGUGUAGAAUUGAGCACUUGUGAUGAAAAUAAUUAUAAAAGUGACGACGACCAUGAUGAUGAUGAUGAUUUAUCUGCUUCUAAUCUUAAGGAUGAUCAGGAUCACUUCUUCUCUAUUCAUUAUGAGAGGCUAUUAACUGAAUCUGAUGUAGACAACUUAAAAGAUUUAUUUUCAAAAGCACUGACAUUGAAUAAAGAGUACAAAGACAUUGGUCUCAUUCAAUGGUUGGGGACACCUUCUAAUAACAAGGACACUAUAUGGAGAGAUGAUUCCAGUCAAGUUCAACUGAAGGGUCUUCAUGUUAGGGAGCCUUUGGUGACAUUAUGGCCAACUGUUAAUAAAACAAGUGUCAAAAGACCGUUCACAGAUCUGCAGGAUAAUUUGUUUCAAGUGAUGAAUGCUUAUAAGGAUCUGAUGUAUACUGGUCAAACGUUUGAGAAUGAAUCUGAGAUCAGACGAUUAUACGUUCUUCAUUCUUUGAACCAUGUCAUAAA